AUGAACAGACAAUGGAUGCAAUCCCUCUGCGUGUGUGUCCGCACACACAUUCUUGAGCGUACUGUCUCAAACCAGACACCCUUACGUGCCUACGGAGGACUCAGUUCGGUUCGCCCUCCCAUGGGUGGCUUUCUCAAACCACGUCCACCUUUACCAACUCGUUCUGCCACACCAAUUGCACCUACAGAUCGAUUGCGCCGCGAUGAAGAAAUCACCGCACGGUUCAUUACUCUUGUUGACGAAAAAGGCCAGGUUCACGAACGAAUUCGCUUAGCCGACGCCCUGCGCCGCUUCGAUCGGUCGAGCUACUUCUUAAUCGAGGUCGAUCCUUCUGCCGAGCCCAAUCCAGUCUGUCGUAUGUUUGACAAGAAGGCUAUCUUUGAAAAGCAAAAGGCAUCCAAGAAAAAGAAGCAGACCACCCCAGAGUCGGUUCUUAAGGAAGUUUCUUUUGGAUGGAACGUCAGUUUGCACGACAUGGAUCACAAACUCGGCAGGGCCAGUCAGUUCCUUGAAAAGGGAAACAAGGUCAAGGUUGAAAUCGUCAGUAAGAAAGGACAGCAGCGCCUCGACCCAAAAGAGCAGCAAAAGGUCAUUGACCAAGUAAUUUCCCAUCUUUCUGCCUUCCGUGUCACAAAGCCAGCAGCAUUUUCCAACGGUGCUUGCCAAAUCCAAUUUGAAAAAUAG